CGUCGAUGGCUCGGGCAGCACUUCCUCGUCGACCGCUCCGUCAUCCUCGACGCGCUCGACGCCGCGGACGUGCGCGCGGGGGAUUCGAUCCUCGAGAUCGGGCCGGGGACGGGGAACCUCACCGCGGAGCUUCUGAGCGCGGGCGCGGUCGUCACCGCGGUGGAGAAGGACAGGAACCUGGCGGAUAAGCUCGCGGAGACGUUUCGCGGGAACGAAAACUUGACCGUGCACGAGGCGGACUUCCUGAAGUGGAACGUCGCGAAGGCGUUCCCGGAGCCCACCGACGCCGCCGCCGCCGACGCGGCGCUCGGCGACGGCGCGCCUCGACGCGCGAAAGUCGUCGCGAACAUCCCGUACAACAUCACCACGGACAUCCUGAAGGUGCUGCUCCCCAUGGGCGACACGUUCGAGAACAUGGUCUUCAUGUUCCAAGAGGAAGUCGCGCGACGGUUGAUUCGCGACGACGCCGGCGGGAGCGACUACCGCCCCAUGUCGGUGCGCGUGCGGUACUACUCCGAGCCGUAUUACGUACGACCGGUAUCCGCGGCGUGCUUCGACCCGCCGCCGAACGUAGAGAGCUGUCUGAUAGGGUUUCGGCCGCGGCGCAGAGAAGAGUAUUUACCCCUCGCGGGCACGGAGCGGCAGUUCUUCGCGUUCGUGCAAACAUGUUUCGCGCAGAAGCGGAAGAUGUUGAAGAACAACAUGCGCGCCGCGUGCGACGACGACACGAUUCGCGACGCGUUGGCGACGUUGAACAGACCGGAGAAGACGCGCGCGCAGGAGCUGAGCAUGGAGGAGUACGUCGAGCUGUUCAACUUCGUG